UAUAUAUUUCAGUAUGAUUAAUAAUGAAAAGACAGAAAUCAAAAUAGAGAGAAGGUACCUGAUCAUAUGAAUAAAGUUAAAUGCCAUCUGCUUAACCAAAGAAAGUUUUGGUGAAGAAACCAAUAACAAAUGUUGAAAGAUAGGAAAAAACAUCAGAAUAAUCAAUUAAGGAUUUAGAGAUUUUAGAUGAUCGUCUUAAAUAAAAGCAAUAAGAAUAUGAAGAAGCAAAAGCUAGGAUACUUAAAAACUAAACGUUAAUAAGAAACUAGUAAAAAUAUAAUUUAGAAUUUCCUGAAUUGCCAAAAUGAGGUAAUAAAUUUAAAAUACAC